AUGCUCGCACCAAAGAACGCCAUCCUCCUCCUCUCCGUCGGUGCCGCCACUUUGGCGACCGCGGCCGACAAUGUCAACCCCGUCACAUCCGUGGCAGGCGACAUUGGCAACGGCAUCACAUCUGUGUUGGGCGAUGCUACAUCUGCUGCCGUCUCGGUCGCGACCAACAUUGCGAGCCACGCCACCUCUGCCUUCGGCGAUGUGACGUCUGAAGCUGCCUCUGUCGGGACGGAUAUCGCAACCCAUGCCACAUCCGCCCUUGGCGACGUCACGUCCGGUGCUGCUUCUGUUGCGACAAAUGUCGCCAGCCACGCCACGUCUGCCUUUGGCGAUGUCACAUCUGGUGCCGCUUCCGUCGCGACCGAUGUCGCUAGCCACGCCACGUCUGCCGUUGGCGAUGUCACAUCUGGUGCUGCUUCCGUCGCGACUGAUGUCGCUAGUCAUGCCACGUCUGCCUUCGGCGACGUCACAUCUGGUGCUGCUUCUGUCGCGACUCACGCCGCCGGUAAUGCCACGUCUAUCUUUGGUGCUGGCACGUCCGGUGCUGCUUCUGUCGCUACCAACAUCGCCAGCCACGCCACCUCCGGCGCAGGUGACGUGACCUCUGCCGCUGGCGAUGCCACCAAGACUGCCGCAACAGGCAAGACUGCCACAGCAGGCAAGACCACCUUAACGGCUACAGCCACCGUCAAGCCCCACACAGGCACCGCUACCUCGGGCAGCGCAUCUGCCUCUGACUCGGCUUCAACAACCGCUAGCGCUGCCAUGCGGGACCUGCCCAUGCUCGGUGCCGUCGUCGCCCUCACGGGCUUCCUGAGCAUGCUGCUGACCAUGUAA